UGGAGCAUGUGGGACGGAUCAACCAAUCGGCUCUUCCGUUGCUGGCUGCCGCCCUUCGCCGGGUCAGAUGUCCGUCUGGUGGAGGGGGAAGGCGUCUCUCUGAGGCAGCACCGGAGGAUCCGAACCAUGAACCCCAGGGUGGAGGCCGAGGAGACUGAGAGGCUCCAGGAGAGGCUCCGUGGGGCCAUUUCGGAGGAAGUACCCUGCAAGCAGGUGCAGGAGAAACUGUCUGGCUUAGUUAAAAACGUUCACAGGAAACUGCGCAGAAAAUACAGAGAGGUCGGCGACUUUGACAGGAUCUGGCGUGAGCACUGCGAGGACGAGCAGACGCUCGGUGAAUACGCCGUCGCCAUGAAGAAUCUGGCCGACAACCACUGGAGCAAAAAGGGUGAAGGGGAGGGGCGGAUCGAGUGGUGUCGCAGCGUCUGCCAAGAAUACUUCCUGGAUGGAGGGAUGAAACGGAUGCUACAGAAGGAUGAAAAGAGUGCUGCAAAGCUCCACAGUGCCACCUACAGCUCGGUGUCUCCGCUGGGGAAGAUUCGCCUCCUGGACGUCGGAAGCUGCUUUAAUCCGUUCCUGAGGUUCGAUGAGUUUCUGACGGUGGGAAUCGACAUCGUUCCUGCUGUGGAGAGCGUCUACAAAUGCGACUUUCUGAACCUGCAGCUUCAGCAGCCGCUGCAGCUGGCGGGCGACGCAGUGGACGCCUUCCUCCGCCACCUCCGCAGCCCCAUCGACGCCCUGCCGGCUCAGCUGUUCCACGCUGUCGUCUUUUCCCUGCUCCUCUCCUACUUCCCUUCGCCGUAUCAGCGCUGGAUCUGCUGCAAGAAGGCCCACGAACUGCUGCAGCUGCACGGCCUGCUGCUCAUCAUCACCCCCGACUCCUCCCACCAGAACCGCCACGCCCUCAUGAUGCGCAGCUGGCGGGUGGCGGUGGAGUCGCUGGGCUUCAAGCGCUGCAAGUACGUCAAAUACUCCCACAUGCAUCUCAUGGCGUUCAGGAAGGUGUCGUUGGCCACCACCAGCGACCUGGUGUCACGCAACUACCCCGAGAUGCUCUACAUCCCCCAGGACUUUCACUCCAACGAGGAGGAGGAGGAUGCCGCUGCGCCGCAGCAGGCGCUGCGCUCUGACAUGGAGGACGACCAGCUGGCGUGGGGCUUCAUGGAGCUGCCGGACACGCCGUACGACUCGGACUCCGGCGAGAAUCAGAGCAGCUCUGCUCCUGGCUUCCAUGAGACGGACGAUCCCGUCCUCCUGCAGACUUAAGGUGGAGCAGCAAUAAUCCCCCCCCACCCCCACCCUGCUGAUAAAAGAAGAAAAUAAUCUUAGAAGUGUUCAGUGUAAAUGUGCAGAGAUGCCAUUUUUAAUCUGGAUGUUUCCCAGUAAACCAGCAGUAGAAGAUGGUAACUGUUGUUGUCAUAAAGGUUCGACUUCUUCUUGCUUUGAUUUUCUUUUUCCACAUCUGAGUUUAAUCUGACUGACCUGGAAUAUCAAGGUGAAUAAUCCCAACCUGAACGUUUUGCUCUCUGAGUCAAGAGAUUUUGCACAAAUAUGAACAUUUAUUCUAUAUUUAUUUUGUCUCUUAGCAACACGUGCAGGAAGAUGGAAGAUGAUCAUCGAGACGCUUUGUUUGGUUUUUCUCCUAAAAACUGAAAGUUUUGUUCUUAAAGGAAGUUUUUCUUGUUUUCGAUUUAAUUCAGUGUUUUUUUUUUUUCAUCUCCAUCAUUUCUGGAUCAUUCUGAGCUGAAAACCAUCAUCAUCAUCAUCACAGAUUUAGUUGUUUGUGUUUUUAAAGCGUCUUCCAGUGUUUUAGGCCUGUUUGCAUCAAUAAAGCAUAAAAUGCUUUUAAAGCUGAACGAUUCGAUCCUGCGAGAUCAAACAUGUUCUGCUUCUCUUUUAUAAAUGAUUAAACUAUUCUUGUUUCUGUGUGAUUAAUUGUAAA